AUGGCCCUUCUUGCAGCUAUUUUGUUAGAAAGCUCUCUCAAGUGGACUCCUUCAGUCAUUCCCUUAGAUCCCUCAUCCCUGCCUUAUGAGCAUAGGGGCAUAUGGCCUUUGACCGAUGUUCAUCCGGGAAGCACUGCACCCACACAUGCUUCACCAGGACACGGUGCACAAUUCGUUCCGCCCGUCUUUUAUGACUGGCGUGACGGCUUUCCACAAUGCACUACGGAAGCCACUGUUAAGAUCUGUCGUCUCGAGGACGCGUGGGCGUGCUCUGCUGUUUCUGUUCUGGAAGAUAGACUUUGUAUGAAGACUACAAGUGGUAAUUACACAAAGUGGGCCCUCUCAGUGCCAUUUUUGAAGGCGUGUGUUGAUAGCUCAUUGAGGUUCAAUAUUAUGGAGCUCUGGGAUUGGCUUUUGGCCAACGGGGUUGCGACUCUCGAUUGUAUCGGCAACUACUUUGACGACACUUCUUGCCCACUUGCUUGUAGCGAUGGCUAUGCGCUCCGAAAGACGAGCAUUAAAGCAUUUUAUAACAUCGGGCAUCGGAAUCCUCAUAGGAUAAAAGAGGCGCUGGUCACAGAGGGGCCAGUAGCAACAGAAUUUGCUCUCUACGAAGACUUUCUCUACUAUGGCUCCGGUAUAUAUCAUCAUGUUGCAGGUAAGCUCUUGGGAUAUAUGUCAGUUGUUAUCGUUGGUUACGGAGUAGAGUCUGGUACGGACUACUGGAUUCUGCGCGGGUCUUGGGGGCCUGCGUGGGGGGAAAACGGCUAUUUUAGACAUGUGCAACAGUCGGGAAACAUAGAUGAUAACGUUCUCUCAUUCAGAUUGUAA